GUCUGGCUCCAGUGAUCCCUACUGCGUGGUCAAGGUGGACAACGAGGUGGUGGCCAGGACAGCCACAAUAUGGAAGAGCCUGAACCCUUUUUGGGGUGAGGAAUACACCCUGCGCCUGCCCCACAGCUUCCACAACCUCACUGUCUACGUGUUGGAUGAAGACACCAUCGGGCAGGACGAUGUCAUUGGGAAAGUCUCACUCAGCCACCAGCAGAUCUCAGCUGAGCCACGGGGCAUUGACAGCUGGCUCAGCCUGGCACCUGUGGUUCCUGAUGAGGAUGGGAUCCAUCUGGAGCUGUGUGUCCUCGCGAAGGGCCACCCACGAGUAUUGCGCUGCCACCUCAUUGCGGCCAGGGACCUGGCACCCCGGGACCCCUCAGGCACCUCGGACCCCUUUGCCCAGGUGUCGUGCUGUGGGCACAUGUUGGAGACAGCUGUGAUUAAGAAAACCCGUUUCCCACACUGGGAUGAGGUGCUGGAGUUCGAGCUGCCAGAGGGCAAGCUGGGGAAGGCUGUGCUGAGUGUGGAGGUGUGGGACUGGGACAUCGUGGGCAAGAAUGACUUCUUGGGACGGAUCGAGUUCCCCUUGGACACCAUUGGCACAGAUCCCACCAAGGGCUGGUUCCAGCUCCUGCCCUUCCCCAGCACUACCGAGGCCCAUGGGGGGCAGCUGGGUGCCCUGCGGCUGGCAGUCAGGCUGGUGGAAGACAUGGUCCUGCCCCACCACUGCUACCAGCCCCUCAUCCAGCUCCUCACUGAGCCCAUCCUCUGCCCAGGCCAGCCCCUCGAUGGCACAGCCCUGGCCAUCCUGGAGGAGGUGACCUCAGGGGAGAGCCGGCAGGACGUGGCCACCAAGCUGGUGAAGAUUUUCUUGGGGCAGGGACUGGCCAUGCUCCUCCUGGACUAUCUCACCACCUGCGAGCUGGCCAGGACCACUGAUCCAAACACCCUCUUCCGCUCCAACUCACUGGCCUCCAAGUCCAUGGAGCAGUUCAUGAAGGCAGUGGGGCUGCCCUACCUGCAUGAGGUCCUGAAGCCCGUGGUGAAACGCAUUUUUGAGGAGAAGAAGUAUGUGGAGCUGGACCCCAGCAAGAUGGAGCUGAGCCGUGGCAGAAGGAUCUCCUUCAAGGGGUCCCUGUCAGAGGCACAGGUACAGGAGAGCAGUCUGGAGCUGCUGAAGGGCUACCUGGGGGACAUCAUCGAUGCCAUCGUGGGCUCAGUGGAGAAGUGUCCCUUCCCCAUGAGAGUGGCCUUCAAGCAGCUCCGCAGGCGGGUAGAGGAGAGGUUCCCUUUGGCGCAGCACAAGGAGGUGCAGUACUUCUCCAUCAGUGGGUUUCUCUUCCUCCGCUUCUUUGCUCCUGCUGUGCUCACCCCAAAGCUCUUCAGCCUCCAGAAGCAGCACGCUGACUCCCGCACCACUGCUGCUUGCCAAGUGUGACCCCUUCCCUGCAUGGGGCAGGCACUGCAGAGCAUCGGGAACCUGGGGCUGCAGCUGGGGCAGGGCAAGGAGCCAUGGAUGGCCCCACUGCACUCCGUCUUGCUGUCCAGUGUCACCCGUGUCAGGACCUUCCUGGAUGACCUGGUCACCGUGGAGUGCACCGAGGUGGGUGAGGAACCAGUGCCGCUGGCUCUUCCCCACCUCUUGGCCACCGCCAAGGAGGGGUACCUGCACACCUGCACAGCGGGGGGGUCUGCCCUGCUGCCCCAAUUCGCCUUCAAGAAGAGGUACUUCUGGCUCAGCACCCAGGCCCUGGCCUACUCCAAGUCCCCCAAGGCGCAGGUGAGCUGCUCCAUCCCAGUGGAGAAGAUACGAGCGGUGGAGAAGGUGGACGAGAGCACCUUCCAGCAUCCCCAUGUCAUGCAGGUUGUGGCACAGGAUGAUACUGAGCAGCUCCACACCACCUACAUCCAGUGCAAGUUGCCCCACCCGGUCACUUUCCGCUCCGGCCGCUGGACCUGCUGCCUGCAGCCUGCCUGCACUGCACCUGGGUGCAGCCGGACCCACAGCACAGUGGUGCUGGACGAGUGGAGUGACCCUCUGGACCUUGCAGCAGCAGCACAGACCCUCUACAGGCACCUGCG